AUGACCACGUCCACCAAGCCAUCGCUCUCAUCUGGUUCAUUCCGUCCGAAACUUCUCAAAUUUGCCCUUCAGAAUCGCAUGGAUAACUCGUCGAUACCAUCGCUGCGGAAGACUCAGAAACCUGCACCCCCUCCCUCGAAAACGGCCUCUGGCAAGGAGCAAUCAAACGAAGCCACCAAAAAGCAUGACACGACAGAUACACUCGUCAACCAGCCGGCCAUACAGACCUUCCACUUGGGCAUGUUCGAGAUCGGCAAGCCCCUCGGCAAAGGCAAGUUCGGCCGCGUGUACCUGGCGCGGGAGCGGCAGCAUAAAUUCAUUUGCGCAUUGAAAGUCCUACACAAGAGCGAACUCCAACAAGCCCGCGUGGAGAAACAGGUGCGGCGGGAGAUCGAGAUACAGAGCAACCUAUGCCACCCCAACAUCCUAAAGCUAUAUGGCCACUUUCAUGAUACCAAGCGUGUCUUCCUCAUCCUUGAAUACGCUGGCCAAGGUGAAUUAUACAAACACCUACAAAAAGUAACCCGAUUUCAUGAGCAGAAGGCAGCACAGUAUAUCGCGCAGAUGACAAGCGCACUCAUUCACCUGCACCGCAAAAAUGUUAUCCACCGCGAUAUCAAGCCCGAAAAUAUCCUUGUUGGUCUCCACGGUGAGGUUAAAAUCUCGGACUUUGGCUGGAGUGUACAUGCACCUGGCAAACGCCGGAAUACAUACUGCGGCACCCUCGACUACCUGCCACCAGAGAUGGUUACUUCAGGGAGUAUGGAUAAUUCCUAUGACGAAAAGGUUGAUCUCUGGUCUCUGGGUGUAUUGAUGUAUGAAUUCUUGGUGGGCGAGGCGCCGUUUGAGGAUAGUUUUGUCAUGACAACCCGAAGAAUCGCGAGGGCUGAUAUGACCAUACCCUCGUUUGUCAGCGAUGAGGCCAAAGAUCUCAUCCAGAAGAAGCUACUCGUCGUCGACCCCCAGCGAAGACUGCCCCUCGAGAAGGUUCAACAACAUCCUUGGAUUGUCAUGAACUGCGACAUGGGCGACAUGGGCGGCAAGGGCGACAAGGUCGCAAGAGGCGAAAACGGUGACAAGGUGGAGAAAGAUGUUGAGCCCAAGACUUGA